AUGAGUGUAAUUAAAGGAAUUGCAAGGGCCAAUUUGAAAUUAGUAGAGCUAGUUCAAACAGGAUAUAUCAUUCAUGGAAAAAGUGUAGAGGAAAGGAUGAUGAAUUUUGAUAGAAUCAUUUCUGAACACAAUAGAAAACAUGAUAAAUAAUGGUUAUUUUACGACACAAGAUUAUAUGAAAUUCCUAGACCAUCUAGAUACAAAGAUCUAUAUGCAAGAGAAUUAAAAAGAAGGAAUGAUAGAAGAACAAUAGCAUUCCUUUGUAAACAUGUUAUGGCUGAAAAGAAUGUUAAAAUACCUAUGAAAUGA